GUAGUAGCAUUCACAAGGUGGAGAAUCUAAUCAGGAAGCAUUUGCUGAGGUUUCAACUUCAUGGUUUAAAAGACUUCAACGAGGCAUCGAUAGAAAGAUGUACAACAGCAGUUACAAAAGGCCCAACGUGGCUCUGAAGGCUCAGGACAUUCGCAGAUCGAAGGGAAAAAGCUGUGGUUAUUAUCUACGGCUCAUCUUCUUCUUCUCUUCACUGAUCCAGUCUCUGAUCAUCGUGAGCCUGGUGCUCUUCUUAGUGUAUGGACAGCCGGAGAAGACCGCUGACGAGAAGAGGGUGGAGGAGCUGCAGCAGAGUUUCUACAACCUCACCAUGAACAUCACCCAGCUGAACAAAGUGAAAGCCAACCUUACCCUCGCACUCAGGACGAAGACGAUGGAAAAGGACGCAGCUGAUAGAAAAGUGGUGAAACUCACAGCGGAUUUGGACUCUGCCAAAGGAAAUAUAACGAAAUAUACCCAAGCACUAGCCAGCUGCAAUGCAAAUAAGACACCUUUACUUCGGGGUAUAUCCCCAUGUCCAUCCAGCGGUGCUUCAAAUGAACACAUGAGAACCUUACAGACUCUUUUGGAGCAGCAGAAGUCUCUGUAUGCCAUUCUCCAGGCCAAUUUCAGUCAAACGGUGCAAAGCCUCAAGUUCAACCUGGACAGUGCGAUAAAAGAUAAAAAUAAGAACGAGCUAGCCAUGAUGAUACUGAAACAAGAGAAGGAUGACGUGACAUCUGAGCUUGGACUUUACAAAAAGAAGUGCAAGGAAGAUUUUGUAAUGUCGCUGCAGGGCAUCCAGGACGUCACGACUGCCUUCCUCACCAAGAUUGACAACUUCUUCCCCGACACCUUUACCUUCCACCUUACUUGUUCGAAGCAACAAGAACAAAUGCAGAAGAUCCAGGCGAACUGCACGAACCUUUCCCGGCAAAUAGAAGACAAGUUCCAGACCUACUUGAACAUGGUCGGGGAGAGAGUCUCCACCCUUCAGGCAGUGAGCAGCCGACUGGAAGUGGAAAACAAGCGCGUAAAUUCUGACAAAGACAAGUGCAAGCAGGACCAUGCUCAGGAAACCGAGCAAUGCGCAAAGCGUCUCCAGGAGGUCCAGGACAUGCACGACAGACUGGUGGAGCCACUGCUGAACACCCAGAAACAACUGCUCAAGGAGAAGCAGAUGCUUCAAGCUUCAUGUUUACCAAAGCCCCCCAUGCCGAAGCCGAACGGACAGGACUCUUACACGUUAUACGGACAGCAAGGUCGGCAAGGACAGAUGGGCGUCCCUGGAUCACACACUUCAAUCCAAAGCAGAUCGUUCAACAAUCCAAAUGCCAGGUGAGGCGUGAGGAGCGAGUGGCACGCAGUAUACCGUGUCUCCUGUCCAGUCUCAUAGAAACUUCAGGUGACCUGUAUAAGUAUUCGAACUGCAGGCAUUAAUAAUACUGUGACAAUAACCUAUUGAUCAUUUGUACAUACUCUACUGUACAUGAAUGCAUCAUCAGUUUGUAAAUGACUGUAUGUCUUAGAUGACCGAAACUGUUUCAUGGAUAAAAAAAAAAAAAGAUAAAAAAAAAAAAAAAACAUAUAUACUUCUCAGGGAAGUGUGAAAAUGGCCUUGACUAUUUUCCAAAUUAGGACCGAAUAAACUUCACUGUAAAAUGUAAAAAAUGAAGGUAAAUUAAUAGCUAGCUUUAUCUGUCAAUUAAACUCUACUUACUGUAUGUUAACAUUGCAAGCUUCCCAUUUAGCCUUAAGUAUUCUGGCGAGGCUGGGGUAAAAGCAAUCCAACAAGAGCCUGUAUAUAUUUUCUUGAUAUUAAAAUAUUUGUAAUAUUUAUAGUUACGCAUUUGUUUAAGGCAUAUGAACUGUAUAUAUAUACACACAUUGUAUAUUCAUCUUCAAUCCUUUUUGUUUUUUCUUAAAAAUGUGAUUUUGUAAAUACUAUUGAAUACAGUUAAUAAAAAUCGCAAUAAUUUUGUUACAGUCAUAAAAAAAACCUGU